GAACAAGUACCAGAAGGGGAGGCCCAAAUGGCCCAGUUUAUCCAUCAACAGCCUGCCGGGGUUCUAAACCAAAUGACCCAACUCACCCAACAGCCUCCAGGCCUGCAGAACCCAGUUGAAGCGGAGGAGUUUGCAAACAGACCAGAGAAGAAGAGGAAACUAGAACACCGAAUCAAUCAGUCCGAAUCAACCCCAAUGCAAAAUUUGGCUAACAAUUUGUCUGUUGAUUCUUUAUCCUUUACUACAGGGAGAGAUAUCAGGAGGUAUGCAAGGAAAAAGCACACAAUUCAGAGGAGGAGUAUCAGGGAGAUCAAUGAGGACGGGAACCAGUCAGGCGAGGGAGAAUCCAAUUUCCCGAUGGCGACGGCAGCAGGCCACAAGCCACCUUCCUAACCAUGAGGAUCAUCAGCUGGAAUUGUAGGGGGUUUGGCCAGCCCCUUACAAGAGGCUGUUGUGGCAGAUUUUGCCGUAAAUAUGGCCCCUCAGUGGUGUUCCUCAUGGAAACCAGGAAAGUUGACUAGUUCAUGGAAGGGAAGAAGAGGGCACUGAGGAUGGACCACUCAAAAUACGUCAGUCCGUCAGUAGAAGGUAGUGGCUUGGCGCUCUAGUGGAAAGAAGGAGUGGAUUUAUGUGUUCUUGAUGUUUGUAAGUCCUACAUGGACACUAGGAUCAGUAGGGAUGGUGUCACUUUCUUUUGUACCUUCAUCCAUGCUCCAACCACGGCGGUGGAGAGAAGAGCCCUUUGGGAUCGACUUACGAACCUAAGGGAAGCUCAGGAUGAGAAGUGACUUAUUUUGGGUGACUUGAAUGUUGCUCUGUUUCCGUUUGAGAAGUAGGGGCGCUGCCCCCUCAGAAAUGAAAAUGUGGCUCCUUU